CGGUCGCUUCGUAGUCCCGUUGUUUAGUCUCGCGAGGCUUUGCGACGUGUUGCAACCGGGUUGAAAUCUCGUGAGCUCGCUGUCUCGGGCCAAGCCGACAGGGAAACAAAUAGCGUGAAGAUUUAAAAAAAAAGGUACAAUUAGCAGACGGUGACUCGGUGCAACAUUACGCAAAAGAAAUAUCCUUUGGCUCUCGAUUGGUUAAAGCUAUCUAACGACGAGAAACGUUUGGUUUAGCUUCACUUCUCGUAACUUGGGGAAAGUUUAGCUGCACGGUUCGGAGUCCCCAACCUCCGAGUAGAAAGUCGUGUCGGUGGUCGGCAGUUGGUUCUGCAGGAAUGUCGCAGAAAGAAAGACCCAAGUUCUACCGGGAGGAGCUCAACAAGACGAUAUGGGAAGUCCCGGAGCGCUACCGAAACCUGUCCCCGGUGGGCUCUGGUGCCUACGGAUCCGUGUGUUCUGCAUUUGACAUUAAGAUUGGUAUGGAGGUAGCUGUGAAGAAACUCUCUCGGCCAUUUCAAUCCAUCAUCCAUGCCAAGAGAACAUACAGAGAGCUGCGGUUGCUGGAGCACAUGAAACAUGAAAAUGUGAUUGGCCUCCUGGAUGUCUUCACCCCUGCUACUAGUCUGAACGAAUUCACUGAUGUGUACCUCGUGACUCACCUAAUGGGGGCAGAUCUCAACAACAUAGUGAAAUGUCAGAAACUCACCGACGACCAUGUCCAGUUCCUCAUAUACCAGAUCCUCAGAGGGUUAAAGUAUAUCCACUCAGCAGACAUUAUUCACAGAGAUUUGAAACCGAGUAAUCUGGCGGUGAAUGAAGACUGCGAGCUGAGGAUUUUGGACUUUGGUUUGGCGCGGCACACGGAUGAUGAGAUGACCGGCUAUGUGGCCACUCGCUGGUACCGCGCCCCAGAGAUCAUGCUGAACUGGAUGCAUUACAACAUGACGGGUAGAUUGAGUUGCAAAGAUCUUCCCCUGGGGCCGUUUGCAUAUAUGCAUCAUAAUCCUAACGCUUGUGUCCUUCUUUUCUUUGUUUCAGUUGAUAUUUGGUCAGUUGGCUGUAUAAUGGCAGAACUUCUGACUGGAAAAACUCUGUUUCCUGGAACUGAUCAAAUUGAUCAGUUGAAGCUAAUCAUGAUGCUCGUCGGGACACCAGGGCCCGAGCACUUGAUGAAAAUAUCUUCAGACUCUGCCAGGAACUACAUCAGUUCCUUGCCAAACAUGCCCAAGAGGAACUUUGCUAGUGUCUUCAUUGGUGCCAACCCACAAGCUGUGGACCUUCUGGAGAAAAUGCUGGUACUGGAUACGGACAAGCGAAUAACGGCGUCCGAGGCGCUGGCUCACCCGUACUUCACUCAGUACCACGACCCAGAUGACGAGCCGGAGGCGGAGCCGUACGACCAGAGCUUUGAGAGCCGCGAGCUGGAGAUUGAAGAGUGGAAACGAUUAACCUACGCGGCGUUGUGUAGCUUUGAGCCACCUGUCUUUGAGGACGACAUGGAGUAAGAGCACAACGACUGCAGCCUCCGACAAUACCUAACAAUCCCAAACAUGUUCAUUAGUACAGUUAUUAUUCUUAUUUAUGAACCACUAAUGUUGAUGAACUGUUGCUGGGAAAUGGCACUUCUUGCCAAUAGCUGAAAUCAUUUUAUAUUCUUUAUAUUCUGUUUUUAAAAACCUAGACUUUGAUGCCUUGUCAUUGUGACACUGAAAUGCUGGAGGUAUAGCAGUGACCUACUUUGUUUUUAACUUGACCAUUGAGUAACUUCCAGCUUCCGUGGUCAUCAAUUGAAUGAGGAAUAUGCUGGUGUACCCUUCUCCCUGCCAGGCUGUCAGAACCCGCACUGAGUCACAUGAAUUUGUAAAAUUAUUUAGUUGUCAUAAUGCUUCUUAUAUUUAAAGUGAGAUAACUCUGAGGGGUUUCAUAUUUGACAAAGGUUGAUUUGCUGUUUUGGGGUAUUUGAUCAUUUGAGAAUGUGCUUGCUCUGUGUAGUCACUGACCUUCAUUGAUCACUGAUGGAAUUUCACACAUUUUAAGGUAUAUUUUGAUAGUUUAGAAGCUCUGUGAGACUCUUAUAUACAUUUUUUGGCUAUACAGGAAAAUCUGAGCCUCUACUUUUUAAGGACAGUCCUACUUAACCACAGCAAAAUAUUCAUGGGUACAUGGUCUACUCAAAAUUAUGUAAAUAUCUGUGCUAUUUUUUUAAAUCUCAUUUAUCUGAGUUUGUUAUGAAGCAAUCACUUUUAUGUACAUCAAUUAAAAUCGUUGUGUGCGUUUGAGAGAGUUUGUUUAGGAUUUACAGGAGUUUUAAGUGUCAUGCUAAAACAGCUAGUAGAAAUUCUGCUUAAAUGUGUAAAAUAGGGAUGUCUGAUGUAUUUAUACUUUGUGAAGGUGGUAUUUAUGAAACAGCAAUCGAAAGAUCCCGUAAACUAUUUUCAGUCCAGCAGAGUAUCUUUUAUCUCAGUCCUUUGUUUAACAAAUAAAGACUUAUUUUUAAGAGA